UUGUUUGUAACAAGUUUGUUUGAGAUUUGACGCUUAACAGUUAAAUAAAACUCUUGUCCUCGUUACCUUAUUAUGUAAUAAGUCAGUUCAAAUGCACAAACUUUUUAAUCUCUGCAACGUCAGUGGAGUGAAGGAAAAACUUAUAUCCUUCAAGACAAAUGUGUGGUGUUUACUCGGUACAUGAUUACCAGCUUUGCUUGAUGUCAACAUCAGGAUUAGUACGACAUGUUGGAGGUAUAGCCCACAUAGGCAAACUGCUUAAAUCCCAACCAUUUUCCUGUUAAGACAGCUUGUUUUGCACUGUCUACAUCUGUAACUCUCAUCCGUUGGUGUUUUUGACAAGCUUAAACUAUAUUUCUGGAGGUAUUUUGUACUUGUUCCAAGAUAAAUGGGUAUCUACAGCUUUACUGGGGAGUUACAUUUUAACCCCUUGUUAUUUAUUUAGUUAUUUUAAAGUUAAACGUGACACAUAUUUACAUAUCCCAUGAGACACAGCCAUUGGCCUGCUGUCAAAGCUGAAACAAGUUCUGCUUAUCGAUUUGUGAAAAGUACUUUUCAUCAGUUAAUUCUUGGAUUUAUUGCACUUUCAUCUACAUUUUAGGUUUCAUGUUGUAACGCCCACACAGAAAGGGUAUAGCUUUACAAAAUACAUCUGUGAUACAACUGAAUGCAAUCACUGCACAAACGGAAGGAAGUAUCUGUCAUCUGCAUGAAAAGCAUUUUCUUAAAGCAUGAAUAGAUGUCUGCUGAGCUCUACUCUGCGAAUGAACCAGGUGGAAAUAAUGCAAGUCUUCAAUACACCACAGUGGGGGGCAGCAAACCUUUACACCGCUUCAUUAAGUGGCAACCCAAGAUCAUUGGCAUCAUCGUGCUGAUCUUAGGCUCGUCUUUCUUCCUCAUUACCGCGAUCCUGCCAGAGUACAAUUUUGGAAGCUCAUGGAGCGUCAUCCCACCUGGCUUCAUUUUGGGAAUCAUGUUCAUCGUAUGUGGGAUUCUGUAUAUUCUGACAGAGUACAACACCACCAAGAAAACAGUAACCGUAUCAUUGGCUCUGAGUAUUGUGACCAUUCUGGGGUCAUGUUGGACAAUUUUGUACAUGGUGCCCAACUUGGCUCACCGCAGCUACUACAGAGACUAUGAAUUUAUUGAAGAAAAUAUGACAGAGUUCACUGAACUGAAAUGGUCAUCUGAGGCUUUGGUAUUCGCUCUGGAGCUGCUCUUCUUCAUCUAUAGUGUUGUGGGUGCACUUAUUUUCAUUGUAAUGUCAUGUCUGGCCGUGGCUGCCCUGCGUUCCACAAAGAGCCAGGCCAUUGUAGUGAUGACUACUACGCCGGCUGAAACACCAGUUGAAUAACGAGCACAAGAGGAAGGUCUGAAGUGCAAUAAAUUGAGUGGAGAGAAGAAAUAUGAAGCAUAAAAAGACUAAUUAUUUACUGACUUCUCACUAGCAUAUUUGGGCUGUUGUAUACAAUGCAAAACAGAUCAUAUGUAUGUAAGUAUAUAUAUUGCCAUGGUGUUUCUGUGAUACUUCCACCAGCAUAUGAGCACUAUAUUUCCCUCAUUUGAACAUUUGCCACCAGACUCAACAGGAUGAUGGCAUUGAACUUUCCCCACUAUGUAGGCAAUUAACUGCUACUUACUCUGCAGCCUGGCGCUGGCUGACCUGUCAGCUCAUUAUGUUUGCACUGCUACACCACAGGACAAAGGUCGGGGGGAGACCAAUGUCCCUCUGAGAUAGUUAAAGAAAACUUGUGUGGGCUGUUUUAAUUUCUCAAAAACAUUGCAAUUAAUCAAAAGUAAUGUUUGAUAAGGCACCCUGUCGCAAGAGUAUAUAAGUUGUAACAAACAGUUUUGUAAAUGGUUUAUAUACCAUGUACUAAUGCUCAAUAGAUUAGUUAUAUGCCAUUAAUAAGAAAAGCUUUUGGGUUGAGAGGCUGUUAUCCUCCGCCAGCAUAACACUUUCUGCUUUUAGCUUUAAUUCACUAGUAAAACUAGCUUGACCAGCUUGGCUCCAGAUCUCCGAAUCACUUCCCACACAUCCAAUAUUUUUCAGCAAUUCUAAUAGUAUGUAAAAAAAAAAAAAAAGAAAAAAAAA